GCAUUCCUCCUCCCUCCUCUGAGACCACUGACAGUCCGUUAGCUGCUUCUGCUGCUUCUCCUCGCCGGCAAUGAGACAGCAAACACGCCGAGCGCAGUAAAAAAAAAAAAAAUGCACCGAGAUGGACUCGGCGAUACCGAAAACACGGAUACUGUUUAGCUGCCGGUUGACAACGCGCCUUGCCUUUCUGAGACGAGCUCGUUGCGCUUGCGGGGACUCGACGUCCGGGAGAGGAAUGGAUGCGACGACGGACUUCUUGCGACACUCGCCGGCCAGCUAAGAGGCUUCCACACUCGCUGUAGAAGACCGAGUGAGAGCACCCGAAACACUCGGGUUUGGGUCUAUUUUUGUGUGUGUGUAUUUUUUUCGCCGAAAGGUGUAAAUACUCGGAAUUAGCCGUGGACAUUUACAAAGUUAAAGACGAAGAGAGGCUAACGCAGCGUUGAGCUAACCAGCGGCUGUUGAAUCUCCCUUUCUUGUUUAUUAUUAUUAUUAUCGUUAUCAUUUGUUAUUUAUUUAACUAAAUACAGCUUAAACAUUUCCGGAGUUCGAGUGUAUCUGCGCGGAGAGGAGCUACAGCUGGGGUUGUUGAGUUUUAUCUUUUAAAGGACAUAAAUCAUAUGACUUCUCACUUAUGGCUGGUUAGUAUCGCGGUACUACAGCUGACCCAGCUAGCCAGCUAGGAGGCGACGCAGAUAACCAGCCGCCACCUCUUGGCCUUUACGAACCACUUUACGUUAAAAAAUAAACACGCAAAAACGUAAAAUGCACCACCAGGAGUUCUCCGGAGACCCGUCCGGGACUGGGAGCCGGAAAACGGCCUUUCACUUCAGACGGGGCAGCAGCGGCGCGUCCGCCGCCUCCUCCUCCUCCUCGGCCGGAGGCGGCGCGGCUGAAGACCACCCGACCCAGGCGGGGUCCUCCUCCCCGGGCCUCCACCACCAGCCCCUGUCGCAAGCGGCCGGGGUGAAGAAGAAGAGCGGCUUCCAGAUCACGAGCGUCACCUCUGCCCAGAACGUGAGCGGCAACAACAGCUUGGCGGACGACACCGAGAGCUACGACGACAUGGACGAGUCGCACACCGAGGACCUGUCCUCCUCGGACAUGCUGGACGUCUCCGUGUCCAGGGCCACGGACACGGGCGUGCCGGAGAGGAGCUCCUCGGAUGAGACGCUCAACAGCCUCCACGGGGUGGACACGCCUGGCCUGGUGUCCCCCAACGAGCCCCUCCAGCCUCAUUCCAUCCCCCAGGGGGCACAGCAGCACGUCGGCUUGGUGAACGGGACCGCGCACCACCAGGUCCACCACCGGCACUCCGACAGCUUGGGGGGAGGCGAGCCCACGUUGGCUGUCGCUCCGCUGUCUAGCUCCAGCCCUGCUGCGGGUUCCAGAGCCGGGCCGAGCCAGCCCCAGAGGCUUCCGGCGGCGGACAAACCCGCGGGCGGAUCGAGUCAACACGCGGCCCCCGGCGCUUUGGGGGGGGCGGCCCCCGAUCCGCACGGACAAGGCGGCGGGAACAUUCUCAGCGCGUCUGCCGCAGCUCCUCCUCCGGGGCCUGCAGGUGUUGACAGCGCUAACGCGAGCGGCCAAGCGGCUUCGGUUGGCGGAGGAACAGGCUCGCCUGCCGCUGCCCCCGGCGCUCAGAUCCAUCACACCCAAGCCCAGGCGGCGACCGGCUCCCGUUUUAGGGUGGUGAAACUAGACACCAACUCCGAGCCGUUCCGCAAAGGACGGUGGACGUGCACGGAGUACUACGAGAAGGAGGUUCCUCCACCGCCUGCGACGGAAGCGCCCAAAGCGGCUGAGCCGGCUGCGGAGGCCGAGGCGGGCGUUAACCCCCCGGGCGUGCCGGCCGCGCAGCCGCCCCACACGCUGCAGGCCUACCAGCUGCCAAGCCAGGAUUUCACGAGUCCGCAGGCCGCGCAGAGCCCGCCUCAGGGACCCGCGCAAGCGUCCCCCCCGACCUACGUCUCGCCGCAGGAAAUCGUCGCGCAGAUGCCGGCGGCUCCCGUCCCGCCGCGCGGCGCAGCAGGCGGCCCUGCGGAGGGGGGCGGCUCCCCAGCCGUGCCGGGGCCCGUCCGCUGGGCCAGCGGGCGGCAGCUCCGCCGCCUCCAGGCAGUCCCAGCGGUACGACUGUUCACCUCUCAGCCCACCGCUCCCUUCCAGACGCAGGUCCCGCACCCGCAGAUGCCCCAUCAGGGUCACGUCCCCCAGCCCGCCCAGGCGGCUUUCGCCGCGGGGCAGCACCCGGCGGCCGCCCACGGCGCCCCCUACAUGCCUCUGACCGCGCUGCAGGCCGACCUGCAGCCCCUCCUCACCCCGGGCACGUCCUUCGACCACGUCAUGAAGAUGUCCCACCUGGAGGACGCCGGGAAGCUCUUCCUCCAGCACCAGGGGCUGCUGAGUCUGCCCAGGCUGGGGGCGGAGGGGUCUUCGGGGGCCCACGCGGGGAUGUCCGCCGAGGCCAGCGCCUUCAUGGCCGCCGCCGCGGGCCUCAGGACCCAGCACGGCGAAGGAGAGGACGACAGCUCUUCAGGUGCAAGCGUGGUAGCCAUUGACAACAAGAUCGAACAAGCAAUGGACCUCGUGAAGAGCCACCUGAUGUACGCCGUGCGCGAGGAGGUGGAGGUGCUGAAGGAGCAGAUCAAGGAGCUGAUCGAGCGCAACACCCAGCUGGAGCAGGAGAACAACCUGCUCAAGACUCUGGCCAGCCCCGAGCAGAUGGCUCAGUUCCAGGCCCAAGUCCAGACCGGCGGCUCCCCGACCGGCGCCGCUCAGCCUCCGCUCCCGGCCGGCGCCGCACAACCCCCGCCCUCCGCACAGAACUCGGGCACGUCCGCGUAACACAGACACACACUGGAGAAGAUGGGACACAGAGGAGAUGGAAGGAAGAAGAAGAGGAGGAGGAGGAAGGAGUCUCGCCACACUGUGAACAGACUCUAGCGUCAAGACUACGCCACCGUUUGAAGGAGCUCACGCUUGGACUUGAACCGGAGGACAACCGACUUUUUGUUGCACAUUUUAUUUAACUGAAAGACUUUGCACCGGUGCGUGUGUGUGUGUGUGUGUGUCUGCUUCGUCUCCGACUUUUAUUACCUGCUUCAGACAAUCGUCGCGGUGGUGAUAAACGGACUGGCGGUCGAGCCUCGCGGCGGCCGACGCGAGGGAGGAGCCGAGGCCCAAGCCGACCAGCGCUCGCAGUGUGCCAUCGCCCCCCCACCCCUCCCCCUCCAUCUCGUUUCGUUUGCACUUUCCCCCCCCCCCCACACACAAACGACGGCGGACAAGCGACGAGACUCGCAUCUGGAAUGGGAGUCCCCCCCCCCCCCCCCCCGGACGUCUACCGCGGUCUGAGCGGGGCAGGCCGUGAAUAAUUACUGAAUAUUAAUUAGCUGUGUUCGAGGGUUUUCCCGUCCCCACCCUUAGACUCUCCCCCCCCCUUCCUUUGUUGGAUUAAACAUUUAUGCAGGGAAUUGAUGUUUAUAGGGAGGAUUUGUCUGUUUUUGACCAGUCAUUAAUGUCAAACAAUAAAUAAUGGAAAGGCGAAUAAAUAGGACUGUUUCUAGGUAGUGGACUUUGUACAGGUUAAAUUUUCACAAUUAAGCUCUGCCAAGUGCCUGGUUUCUAACCAUAGAUACAUAUAUGUAAGCUUUUUUUAGUCGUUUUAUCUGCGUGCGUGUACAUAUAUAUAUAUCUAUGGUUUUGCCAGGUUUUGAACUACCUGUGAUGUCCUUACUCAGGGUGGGAACAGAAGAGGAUGGUUUACCUCGACACUAAGAUGCUGUCUCUCCUGAAGUGACACACGGCCUCGUACUGUAUGCCAACGCUUCACUCGCUCAAAUGACCUGGACUGUUUUUACCAUUUGGGGACGUGUGUAGUUUUUUUUUUUUUUCUUUCUUUUUUUUUUUAAAUGUUUCUUUCUUUGUUUAUUCGUCUUUUUUGUACAGCCAAGUGUUUUGCUCGUAGUGCAACUGGAGCGCCAGAUAAUGGCUUGGCAUUAAAAAAAAAAAAACAAAAACAGAAAGAAUAAGGAAAAUGCCUCGCAGAACAAAUAUGUGGAUGUUUUGUGCAUGUUCCUCAGCCCAUCACAAAUGUGACGUUACAAUUGCACUAGACAGUUGCACCUCAAAUAAAAAGAAAAAAUAAUAAAAAAAAAAAAA